CGAACGACACUGGACACGUUAAAUGAAAGAGCCAAAUGGGAGGCACGGCACCUGCAUACGUUCUAUAUAUACCGGAUAUCGUGGCCUAGUGUCGAGUCUCGACGCCAGUGGCGCUGACGUCGACGCAAGAUUACUCGGUUGAUACGGCAACUACGGCGCAUCGAUUUGUUUAAUCGCAAAAAUGGCAAGCAAGAUAAAGACCGUGUUAAUUGAUCUCAGCGGAACUUUGCAUAUCGACAAUACGGUAAUCCCCGGCGCCGUGGAAGCUUUAAAUAGGCUCCGACGUGCCGAUCUGCACAUCAAAUUCGUGACAAACACCACUAAGGAAUCGAAGACGUCUCUCCACGGUCGAUUAAUCAAUCUAGGAUUUGAAAUCAAGAAAGAGGAAAUAUUCAGCUCUUUAUCGGCGGCAAGAGAAGCGAUUAUUUCUCGAAAAUUGAAUCCACAUCUUCUAAUCGAUCCUGCUGCUAUGGAAGACUUUGAAGAUUUAAUAAUGACAGAGCCCUUCGAUGCUGUAGUAGUCGGCCUUGCACCAGACAAAUUUAAUUACGAAGAACUAAACAAAGCAUUUAGACUUUUGCUUAAUGGAGCCUCUCUUAUCGCUGUCCACGAAGGGCGAUAUUACAAACGACAAGAUGGUUUAGCUUUAGGUCCAGGUGCAUUCGUAAAAGGACUCGAAUAUUCUGCAAACGUGAAAUCAGAAGUAAUCGGAAAACCAACUCCGGAAUUUUUCAAUACUGCAUUGGGAGGCAUACCCCCGGAAGAAGCAGUUAUGAUCGGUGAUGACGUCAAAGAUGAUAUCGGUGGCGCACAAGCUGUUGGAAUAAAAGGAUUUUUGGUACAAACUGGAAAGUAUCGCCCUGGGGACGAAAAUAUAAUUACACCACCGCCGACGCAAUUGUGUCCAUCGUUUGUAGAAGCCGUAGAAGAGGUUCUUCAAAUGGUUGCUAAAAAAUGAUAUAUUAAAUCAUUAACUUAUUAUCUGUGUGCUGCACAGUGAGUACAUACAGCCGAGCAUAACAGGAGUACGAAAUGAAAGAGCCAUUUCUGCGUAUUAAAUUAUAUAUUUGAUUCAAAUGUUAUUUGUUCAAUACUCAUAGUAUAUAUUGAUACUUCGGAACGUUAUCAUGACAAUAUGGAAUUUGGUAAUGAAUACGAUGAGACUGACGAUAUUUUCCCUGUGAUAUGAAAGUAUCUAAGUCGCGUUACUCAAAGGAUCUUUCCACUUGAAAAUAAACUACGAGUUCUUCCAUUAGCUACGAUAUACGAAGACAAAACUAGAGUGGCUUAUGAAUUAGGAGACCUCAUCAUUUCUAGAACAAAUUGAUUCUACCGAGGCGAUGCUGAAUACCUUGCGAGAUGCGCAAAAUAUAAUACUCGCAAUACCUGUAUACCGUGUGUAGUAAUUUCUAAAACGUUUGACUAGAUUAACUCUUAUGGUAUAAUUACUCCCUUCGCAGCGCAUCAGCUUAAAAUUACCGAGAUUGGAUUUUAACAUAUUCACUGUGUUAACAAUCAACGCCCCAUUCCGCACGCGUAGGCAAGGUGAACUAAUGGACUUUCAUAGACAUGCGGAAAUUCGUAACAUGAAAAGACAUUUAUAAUAUCCAGCGCAUAACAAUCCAUUUUCAUUUUAUUUAGAUAAAGUGCCAAGUAUUUCACGUUAAGGACUUUUCGUGUUUUUCCAGCUGUCUCUUCGUAUAUUUUUUAUGUACGAUUAAACAAAUUCAUAGCGUGGAGUAUCAGUGGCACGGAUAUCAUUUUAAAUACACGAGAUCUGCUUUGAAAUAAACUGCAACCGUGAAGAGUGUAAUAUACGUAAGAGAUUUUCUUUUUUUUUUUCAAAGGCAGCCGGCGAAACGUACUGAACGACAUCCUUCCUAAUUUAUAAUUCACUCUAGAGAAAAAUAGCCGCUUCUUUGCAGUCAUUACGUGCAUACAAAUGAACAUAUCACAAACAAUUUAAAUGCUGUAUAUAUAUAUUUUUUUUCCCCUUCUCUUUCCCAAGAUUAACCUUAACAGGUGCUCGUAAAGACCGAUUUCUCUUUUUAUAUAUUGCAACUUCUUUAAAAGAACCGCAGCACUGUAGGAAUAUGAUAUUAGUACAAAAUUUGGCACCACUUCUUACAUUUCCCUCCCGGAGACGGUAAGGACAUCAGUUCUGUUCAGUCCUAUUAUCAGCUAAACUUCCUCAUUGUAUCUUAGAUUGAUAACAUCCGUUUCGAUUUCAGAACGGUGUAAGCAAAUUGGUUGAUCGGAAAUGUAAACCCAAGUGCAAUUCAUCGCUUACUUACCAAGCAAUUCGACGGGAAUUGUAUAACACUGAUAUUCAUUUGUACAGCUCUUGGGUAAAGAAUCGCGACUCCAUUUGGCUUGUUAAAGAUAAACUAAUAACCAUGACGAUAGGCUCGCAAAAGAUUCGUAAAAAAUGCAGUGCACUCGCCGUGAGUUUUGCCCAUCCGAUCACAUUAUCUAUUACAUAUUCUGUUCUAUUGUCUCACGUCAAAGAAUUCAGAAGUCCCAUAGAAGCCUAGAACCUAUGUUAGCGCUUGAUGUUCUAAAAGUUGAUUAACAAACCAGAAGUGGGGAGUAAAAGAGAG